AAAACAUGUCUCGCAAUACAUACUUUAGCAUAAAAUUUUUUACCGUUUUGAAAAAUAUUGAACGUUACCAACAUGAGAACGUCACUCGCGUUCCGACUUUUUUCAAUGGCUUUUUUAAUAGCCGGAGUAGCAUGUGAAACGUCUCCUGGACAGGGAACAUUGAAUGGUCAACAAUCCGAUACGCAGAAAAGUGCCCAAGACUCUGGGACACAAAUGAAGGAAUUAAACGAACAGAAAGCGGAUGAAAAAAAUGGACUGGACGAAGAAGAAGAAGAAGAAGAAGAAGAAGAAGAAGAAGAAGAAGAAGAAGGUAAUUCAAAAAUACGUACAUAUCUAGUUAUAUAAAACCAUAUGAACAUCGGAAAGAUCCUGGUAGUACU